UAAACUGUCGUCAGAAAGGUCAGAAAGAUAAUUAUGACAUUCUCUUUGGAUAAUAUGUAUUAGAGAAAGAUUAGGACUAAGUUCUAUAUACUAAGAUUAAAAUGAAUAAUAAACCUCUACGACUGCAAAAUCACGAUCAAGAACUUCUAUUUACAUUCCUGCAUCAAGUGUAUAUAAAAGUUAUAGAUACUAGAGUAGAAGAAACCGAAUCGAUAACAUCAGAAUUAAUUGAUCAGCAACUAAUACAAGAAAUUAAAGAUCUGCCAUCAAAUAUACGGUUGGAAUUUGGUAAAUCACUAAGAGACAUAAAAUGUAUCUUGCCAGACAGUGUAAAUAAAAGGCAUCAUGAAAUUUAUGUUUCUUAUGUUGCACCCCAAAAACUGGUUAUAAGCUCUGUGGCACUUCCACAUUCAAUAUUACAGGAUCGAGAAUAUAAAUCAGUUGAAGAAAUCUUUACUGCAUUUAGGACAUACAUUGACAGUUUAGAAAAUUAUCUUACUGAAUUAGAAAGCAUCGACCGACAUUUUACUGUUAUGGAACCUGUUAACCCAACAUUCAAGGAUGAUUAUAGAAGAAUCGCUCUUGAUGAAAGAACAUGGCUUCACAUAGAAGUGACUCAAUAUGGAUUGGCAACAAAUAUUCAUCUCAUCGCUCAGUCAGAAAUGUGGCAGGACAAAUUACACAAAGGUCUUAUGAGAUGGGAUCAUGACAAAGGCAUCGUAGAAAAUGUUAUGGACAUUUUUGAUGUAUCAGAUAUGUCACAAGUUGGAAAACAUAUGGCAGAAGAGUCUAAACCACUGACAGAGGAAGAAGUUACUUGUGGUAUCUGUUUUUGUGCAGAAUUAGUGGACACUCCAGGUGUACCCCAACCGCUGUGCCAAAAUCCUAACUGUGGUGUAUCAUUUCAUAAAUUUUGUUUAUACCAGUGGCUUGUUGCUUGUGAGGGAGGCAGACCACCAGCUUUUGGAGUUGCAAAUGGCAACUGUCCAACAUGUCUUCAUCCAAUUGCAUGUAGUGAGAAAGACAGUUAAAUAAUAUAAGUACAAGA